AUGGGAUAAGAAACAAACCAACACUAUCAUAAAUAGUUCUUGGCAUCAUGCGAAGUAUUAGGUAAAACUUUCUUCAUUGAAAUGGUAUGCUUAGCGAGUUGGUUCAAACUUAUCAUCGUUCAUCUGUAACUCUGGUAUUUUUUGUUCGGGAUGAUGGCAAUCUUUCAAAGUACAGUGCUAUAGAAGACACCAGUGCAGUGAUGUUGAGCACUGAUGGCUGAGCAUACGACAUUGAAGAUGUGCAUGUAGCUAACUGAUUUGGAGUUCCAUAUGGCUCAACUAAAUCUAGAAGCAGAGAACUUGGGACUUCGUGAAACCCUUCAAGAAUUACACACGACACUUUCUGACGAGAAGAAUUGCGAGUUGAAUUUAAGACGAGAGCACAUCGUUGAAGUGAAGCAAAUAAGAGAAGAAGAGCGCAAACGCUGUCAGGUUGUAUUGAGUGAAGCUCGACGCAAAUUUUAUAAGGAAAAGCAAGAAGAACUCAACGAGCUUAAAGAUCGUCUCGUUAAGGAGAAAGAAAAAGAAAUUGCGGCUGCAGUGAAGCGAAAAGAUGAAGAGUCGAAAAAACGCGAGUCGGACUGGAAUCGCGAUCAAGAGAAUUUGCUUCAAAAACUUCGUUUUCAGAUUACCAACGAGACGAAAGAUGAAGUUGAGAAAAUGUUCAGGAAACAGGUGACGAAAUUGGAGGUCUGCAUAGAAGAUUUGAAAGAAGAAAAGAGGAAGGUCGAAGAAAGAUGUAAAAUUGCGGAGGAUGCGGAUAAGAAAAAGAUGAUCGAACUACGGAGAGCGCAUGCGCAGCACGAACAGGAAAUACUUAGGCAGAGGCGACUAUCUUGGAAGGAUGCCCGAAAGCAGAUGACAGAAAUCCGUCAGUUGACAAACAUCAUUCAUCAUCUUGAAAAAAAGCUUGGCAUCGAAUCAUGUAACUAUAUUCGAUCGCAACUUGAGAAAGACUCUCUGAAAGACAAACUGGAUCAAAUAAGUAGAGACGACAUUUCUGGACGAAAAAGUUCUAACGUGGUGGUGGAUUCUUCGGAAUCGUCGAUUAAAACUGUCGGCUAUCCGUCAUUUCAACAAAUCCAGCAGCAGAAAAUUGCUGUUGAAAAACUCGAGAAAACUAUAAAGGGUAAAGACAGAAGGAUCGAGAUAUUGAAGCAGAAAUUGUAUAAAAGUCCAAAGUUUGCUAGUUUCCAUAGUUCAAUGGAUGACAUUCAUCUUUAUGAAGGUUAUGACGAACGAGAAGAUUGUAUUUCGCCUGUAUUCAGUGCAUGCAGCUCAAGCAGCAGUUCGAUUAUCGAAGAAACAAUCGAAGAAAGUCAAGAUGUCGAAUUACUUUCUCGUCUUCACAAAGAAAUUCUUCAACUACAGAAAGUGAACUCUUUUCUUCAGCAAGAAAACGACGACCGCAGAAAAGAAAUUGUCGCAGGAAAAGGAAAAGUAGAAAAUGAUCUGUUUGAAGCUCAACGACAAAUCGACGAACUAAACAAGGAACUUGUUGAAAGUCACGAUCGUAAUGAAUUGCUGGAGUUUCAACUUCAGGAAUUGAUCCAGGAAAACUUCCUUUGUCAAGAAAAUAGGGUGAAACUCAACGUUCCCACUAUAUGUGUUGACUAUCAAUUCUCUGAUGAAGAGUUGAUGUGUUCCACCGAAGAUGUGAAAGCAAGCUUGGAGAAGCUUCAGAACGAAAAGAAACCAAUGCUAUCGCGAAACGAGCAGCUUGCUCUCGCACGAACACAACGUUUGCUGCUAAAGAUGUCGAAUCAGGAGUUAUCUUUCAUGGAAUAUGUUAAAGACGACUUGAAUGCAAACGAAGAUUUCCCUUAUGUCGAUAGAUUAAACUCUCCCAUCAAAGAUGACAAUGUUUGUUUUGAGUUAGUAAGCGAUGAUGCCAAUAAAAUCGACGUAGACGCGCAAAGCAUUGUAAACACAGCUGACUAUUCAAGACAAAAUGAAGUACACAUUGCGAACAACGAAAGAGAACCGUCAAUUUUUGCAGCAACGGAAAAAUUCAACUCGGCAAUACAGUGCAAUAUUUUAUGUCUCCGUGAAGAUUUUAUAGAAACUUCCACGGAGUUUGACGGCGCUCGUUUUAAAAAGGUACCGUGCUGUAGUGAUAUCGCUGUCCAGACUGAAGUCGAUCUUGCACGUGACGUUAAGAUAAGUGAUGACGUCAGUAGGAAUUUGGUAGAUGAUGACGUCAUCGAGAAGCAUGACGGCGCUCGUUUCAAAAAGGUACCGUGCUGUAGUGAUAUCGCUGUCCAGACUGAAAUCGAUCUCGCUCGUGACGUUAAGACAAGUGAUGACGUCAGUAGGAAUUUGGUAGAUGAUGACGUCAUCGAGAAGCAUGACGGCGAGGCUAGUGAAAAGAGUUUGAUCGGUGGUAACUGGAAAGAUUUGGUCAUUGAAUCUGGUGAAAAUGGCGAACUUUUAGACUGUCUUGUGUACGUGAAGGAAGGUGUUUUAACAAUUAUUGGAGAGAAUUAUCGAAAAUGCUGUUCGGAAAUCACUUCAAUGGAUGUUUUCAACAAUAGCAAGAAAGAGGAUUUUUCUCAUAAGAGAACGACCGAAAAUAAAAUGAAUGAUGGCCAGGAUUCACCACGUAACCAAUGCUUGUGUAAGGACAUUGCCACACAAUGCGAGUUCGCCGAAGUCCUUUCGUUUGACGGACUCAUAUCGGGUUUUUCCGGGGAUCUUCGGGAGGACGAUGACGAUUGCGAGGAUUCAGCACGUGACCAAUGCUUGUGUAAGGACAUUGCCAUACAAUGCGAGUUCGCCGAAGUCCUUUCGUUUGACGGACUCGUAUCGGGUCUUUCCGGGGAUCUUCGGGAGGACGAUGACGAAUCGUUGAUCAAGGAGGUGAUGGCAUUGGCGAAGGAAUGCAGUCAAAACGAUUUAUUGAUCAAUCAACAUUUCUACGAAGUUGUGAAACAACAAGAAAUAUUGACACCUUUACAAGAAACACUUGGACGAGAUUUUUCAAGAGACACAAAGGAUAUGCAAACGCAAUGCGAGUUACAUGAAGUAUUGCAAAGAGAAGAUAAGUGCAUUGAAUGUGCGAUCGUGGAUGACGUUUUAAUCAAGAAAGAUUCAACGACUAAUGAAAGAGAUGUUGGAAAUGUCGAGGCUUCUUCCUCACUUGUCGUGUUGCGUCAAGCGAAUGUGAACAAUGAAAUGGAGGGUGGCGAUAAUCUUUCUUUUGACGGUAGUAACAUGAGUGAAAGUCGAAAUGUUGCGUUCGUGAAUCAAAGCUCGAAGGAAGGAACUUUAGCAGCUUCUGGUGAAACAUUAGAAGCGGAGGGUGAUGAAGCGAGAAAGAUUCAACAAAGUUCCUCAACGGUUAAAACUGAAUCGGAAACUCUUCAACAUGCUGACAUCGGAGGGAAUGGUAUCGAAUGUGUACACGGUGAUAUUGUUGCUGACUCUCAGGGAAUUGGUACUCAAUCUGCAUGUAGUGAGCAGGUUGGGGAGAUGCUGAAGAACGAAGCCGAGUCUAGUUGCAAUGAUUGUGUUGUAGUCAAUGGAAAUAAUUUUUCCGAAGUUCAAGGCAGUGAUGCAGAAUUUGCAUUUACUGAUGGGAUUGCAGAGGCGCAGUUCACUGACACUGACACAGCAACUACAGUGACACCUUCAACAUUCACUGACACAGCAACUACAGUGACACCUUCAACAUUCACUGACACAGCAACUACAGUGACACCUUCAACAUUCACUGACACAGCAACUACAGUGACACCUUCAACAUUCACUGACACAACAACUACAGUGACACCUUCAACAUUCACUGACACAGCAACUACAGUGACACCUUCAACAUUCACUGACACAGCAACUACAGUGACACCUUCAACAUUCACUGACACAGCAACUACAGUGACACCUUCAACAUUCACUGACACAGCAACUACAGUGACACCUUCAACAUUCACCGACACAGCAACUACAGUGACACCUUCAACAUUCAAGGACACAGCAACUACAAUGACACCUUCAUCAUUCACUGACACUGACACAGCAACUACAGUGACAUCUUCAACAUUCACUGAUACAGCAACUACAGUGACACCUUCAUCAUUCACUGACACUGACACAGCAACUACAGUGACAUCUUCAACAUUCACUGACACAGCAACUACAGUGACACCUUCAACAUUCACUGACACAGCAACUACAGUGACACCUUCAACAUUCACUGACACAGCAACUACAGUGACACCUUCAACAUUCACUGACACUGACACAGCAACUACAGUGACACCUUCAACAUUCACUGACACAGCAACUACAAUGAUACCUUCAACAUUCACUGACACUGACACAGCAACUACAAUGACACCUUCAACAAUUCCUGCAUCUCCUACGAUUACAAAUAACUUUGGUGAAGUCUUUAAAACAAUUUUGACCGACGAAGUUGAUGCAAUCUUUGAAAGCGACGAUUCUUCGCAUUCAAACACUUCUCCAGAGUCACAGCAUGAGGUUGUAAAGCGUGAAAGCAUUCCAGAUUCCAAAUAUCGUCAACCUCCUCCCGUAUUACCCAAACCAAAAUACUUCACACGUAGUGUGACAAUUGGUGCACCCCCCUUGCGUAAAACACCAAGUUCCUUGGCUGCGCAGAAAGACAUAGUUGAUGGUUGUUUCCCACCGGAGGGGCUGGUCUCCAAACGUGCUAGUGAAUUCAAUCAUGGUGAGAUCGAUAUACUGAAAGAAAAGAUUGUUUAUCUUGAGAGACAGAUAAAGAACAAAGACAGUCUCUUGGAGACAGUCAAGGCUGAGACCACGGAGAUUGAAACAAACGCAUAUAUAAAAAAGAAGGAAGACGAUAUUAAAAUGAUGGACGAAACGAUUCGUUUUCUCAAAGUCGAGAACAAAAAGCGAGAGAAUGAGGCGAUCGCCAAGAUUGACGAGUUGAUUAGAUGUAAUGGCGAGUUGGAACAGUUGCACUUUAAUCUUGAAAAUGUCAUAAAUCAACGGGAUUUCUUGAUGCAGAAAGUCAGCUCUACCGAGGAUUGUAUGAAGCAACUAAAAUCCCUGGAAGAAAGGCACGGUGAACUGAAAUGCGACUAUGAUUCUCUUACGAUGGAAAACACUCAACUUAAGGAGCAGCUUUCGAGGCUCGAGAGAGCUGACAAAGAGUUUGUUGUGUUGGAGAGAACUAUCUCAAAUUUACAGAACAAGCUUAACGAGUUAGAAGAAGUAAGACAAGACAGAGAUAAGGUUCGCGAGGAAUUGAAGGAGCUGCAAACUGAGAAUAAUGAAAUUACCGAAAAACUUAAGAAACUUGAAGCUGAGAAAAGAGAUUUUUCGAUGAACAAUUUACUUUCGCAGCAAGAAAAAGGGAAUUUACAAGCGAAAAAUUGCCAGUUGCUGAAGACAAACGAUAAUUUAAGAAACAAGGUAUCAGAUUUGGAUAAAGAAGUUCGCGACUUGCAAGGACGAACAUUUAAUGUUGAGAAAAACAGGGACGAGGCUAACUCUCAACUGAGAAAGUGUGAAAUGGAAAAAAUAGAAUUGAGACAACGAUUGCACGAGUUGUUGCAAUGGAAGGCUAACACGAAACUGGAUGAAAGCAAGUCGCGAGAUUUUCAUCCCGAUCUUCGUUUCCUACACGAACAGUUCAAAAAAAUCGAACGUGAACGAGAAGACUUGUCUUAUGAACUCGGUGAUUGCUUGAAAGAGAGAAAUGAGUUGGCGUCGAAAAGUGCUCUUUUGGUUAAAUUGUCGAAUGAAAACAAGAUGUUGGAGGAAAAGUUAUACAGCUUCAAGUUAAAGAUCGCUGAACUCACAGGACAAAAAGAGGAUGCCGAAGUACAACUACCUACUUUGAAGGCCAAAUUAGCGCUUCUGAAGCAGUCAUGCAGAGAAAAGGAUGAACAAAUGGAUAAAUUCAAACGACAAAUUCGUGUUUUGAAAUUUUCCAUUGCAAGCUUUGAAAAAGUCGAUCUCUCAAAUCGCUCUCACAAUAUGUCUCGACAUUUUCCAGAUACGAAUAAUAACGUAGCAUCACGUGAUUGCAACGUUAAACAGUGCGUGGUCUUAUUCGAUUAUGAUCCGCAACGUUUGAGCAGCACAGGUCACCCAGAAAGUGAGCUGAAAGUGAAGAAAGGUGACGUCGUUACCGUAUUGGGUGAUCUCGAUGUUAAUGGUUAUUACAUGGGCGAGUUGAACGGGAAGAGAGGACUGGUGUCGAGUUUGUACGUCGAAGAUAUGAACGAUUGGAAGAUAAGAAAAGCGAAAGAAAAAAUGAACAACAUGGAAACGAGUUACGACAAUUUCCGACUUAAGCCGACAUCAGACCGAAUGUAUAAGAACGGUUUCAAUAAACGGUCGUUCGUUCCAUUACAAGAUCACAAUCCAUUUACAUUAAGUACGUCGAACAACGCAGACCCGGACUUGUCGUUGACCAAAGGGGAAUUGGUGACAGUCGUUGGAGACGUGAAUACCGAUCGAUCCUUUACAAUAGAAAAAAAAGAACUGCUUCCGAAAGAUGAAGUGAUGAGAUCAUUCGAUAAAACAUUCCACUCCUUAGGUUUACCUUCAGCGCCCAGUAAUCUUCAUGUGAUACGUUGUGUAAAUGAGGACUGUUUAUUGGUUGGCUGGAUCGCGCCAUAUCUUGAUGAAUUUGGAAGGAACGGCGGACAUAAGAUCGAAGGAUACAAUAUUAUUGUAAAUGGAGUGAACAAACUAGAUGUUGAAAGUCCUUUUAUGGCUAAGGCCCUUAUUGAAAAUCUCGAUUUGACUCGUCCGCUGGAGAUCGCUAUUCGAACGGUGGCUGAAAAUGGAUUUUUUUCGGAAAAAAGUGUAACGCACUUUAACGAGUCAGCAGCGUCGGACGGAACAACAGUUAUUAUUGAUAAUGUUUCGCAACUGAACGCUCCAUAUCGGACGUUCGUCGCUCUGUUCAGUUAUGCUCCAAUGAAAAGUUCACCCAAUCCCGACCCAAGCCUUGAAUUAGGAUUUCAAGAGGGAGACAUUGUUCGCAUUUUGGACACAACCAGACCCGAUGGAUAUUUUGUCGGAGAGAUAAACGGUAAAAGGGGCUUGGUUCCCUCAAAUUUUAUUGAAGAAAUUGCGACGGUACGAAGACAGGAUGAAAAUAGAUCGAUUGAUAUUGACAAUACGAUCGCGAAGCGCCUUGAUUUAUUGAACGGUACCAAUAGCAAGUUAUCUAAUGAAUCUUUCACUGGGCCACGUGGGGUUCAAUUUGCUAACGAAAAAGAUUUUCGUCGCGUAUCGUCAGGUUAGGAAAAAUCAAUGAGAUUCUUGUUUAGGAGAAAUCACAUACAUUUCACAAAUUCCAUAAGGUUUUUAUGCACAAAUAACAAAAAAAAAACGAACUAUUUUAUUGCAAUAUAUGUAUAUAAUUUAUUUGUCAAUAAACUACUUUACACAAAACA